AUGGCUUCCGUUCUCCAGUCUCUGCCGCUCUGCUCGGCCGCUCGCAAGCAGUCAACCACCGUCCCCUUCUAUCUCCAAAAAGUUUCACAGUCCGGUGCCUCUUCUGGGACGCGUAGCUCGCUCUCCACGCUAUGUUCCGCUACUAGAUUGUCCCCCUCUCAAUCCGCUCUCCAUCCCUCCUCCCGCUUCAACUCACAUCCCAAAACUGCCGCCCAGCAAUGUCGAACCUUCAUCGUCCAGCUGAAGCGCCAAUCUCAGACCCUAAAGGAGAACGCCGUGUCGCAACCGCCAGCCAACCUGCAACUCACAAACCUCCCUUAUUUCAUUCGUCGCACAGCCUCCAACCAGCUCCCCGUAUACCUCGUCACCAAGGCCGGCGGAACCAAGCAGCAGACCAAGAUCCAGAAGACUGAAGGCGAUUUGGAUGCCCUUAGAAGUGACCUGGCACAGUACCUGGGCGUUGAGUCGGGCGACGCGCGUGCUCCCAAGAGCCAGGAUGUUACAAUUAACCGUCUGACCGGUCACAUUAUCGUUAAGGGCUGGCGGAAACCCGAGAUCCUGAAGUUCCUCGAGGAACGUAAUUUCUAA